UUUGGUCUGGUUGAUCAAGAGAUAAUCUAUAAGAUAAAAUAGAUCAGCCCAAACUAAAAUACAUUACGGAACUUUUCACGGUUUUCUUGUUUUGCAUAUCAAUUAUUUGUUAAUAAUUUUCAUCACGUCAAUUUGUUGUCCAAUACAACUUCAAAUCAAAAUAGAAAUUUGCAAAUAAUCACUAAAACAUUAAUAGCAAAUUUAUUUUUUGCACAUAUUGUUUUAUUUCAUACUUGGAUAAGGUUAACAGACCGUACACUGUGAACAUGGUGAACAAAACAAAUAUUUCCAUGACAACCGAAAACAGCAGACGAUCUUGUUAAUUUUUAACCACCCCGUUCUUGCUUUAAUCCGAUUAUAUCCUCUUAUCAUCUGACAAUCCUUGUAUCGAGAUAUCGAUACACUCAUGCCUUCAACGAUACAUGUAAUCAAUAUCGCUGAAUAAAAGAUUUCUUUUGUAGGAAACUGGGGAACAAUUGGCAAAUCUAUUUGGACAAUAUUUGCACAGAGUCAUCUCGUUUCUAGCCUUCCAAUAAAAAGGGAAAAAAUCCAUAUGCGAUCUAAAUUCAAACGGAGUUACACCGGUUGGAAAACUUACUUGACUAAAAUCGUAUCCCUGAAAUCACGUGUAAUAAGGAAUCAACCUUGAACAUAUCGCACAUUUUAGAUAUUCAUGCACACGUAUAUCUGGCGUUGUCAACAAACUUGGAUUGUUACUGCAGUAUUGAGAAAAUUCUGCGAUGAAUAUUGCAAUUCAGCCAGUUAAUAUUUUUCUCUGAAAUUUGUGAACAUGAUUAAUGAUCUGGAAAUCAGAAGCUUCGAAACUUUGUGUCAUAGAUGAUAUUGACAUACGAUCGAUUUACUGUUAUUAAUUGAUAUGAAAUUAACUCUUUAUCGCUUUUAUGAGCACAAAUUAAAGUUUGGUGAUUGGAUUUUGGACCUCAGAUGUAGCUUCGUGCGUGCCUUUUUUUUCUUGAUUGAAAAUGUUUUGAAGUAAAUGAUGCAUGUUCGGAUCAGUUAUUGAAGACUUUAAUUCCCCUCAAACCUACGAGCAACGAAUGUAUUCUUCAGGAAAUAUGUUUUCAUGACUAAAUAUUUUGUGAAUCGGGUAGACGAUAUGUGGAUGUACAAGGUAAUCACAUCACAAAUGAUUACAGGAAAGUAAAUGUUCUUCUAGAUUUGGGAGAAUCGGCAGGCAAUUAAAUUCAAGUAAAAUAGGCUAAUCAUGUCACCUGAGAAGGAAAAUGUUAACAAUGAUGGUUAUAGCGAAGACGUUCAAAAAAAGUUGGAAAUCAAACGACAUGCAUUGGCGGUUUUAUUCGGUGGGUCGAGCGUGCCCCUUUUGCCGGUGCUUGACGAAGAAAAAUCAUCAAAAUCAACUUCUGGGGCGAAAAAUGGACGAAAUACGAGUGGACACAGUCAGACACGUCAAGGAAACUCGACCAAGUCGCUAUCGAACUUCAUGCCCGAAAUCAAAGAGAGCCAUUCCGUCGCGGCUAAGAAUAAGAAUUCCUCAUUACAUAGACAGCCUUCCCAGGAAAGGAUUUCGAGAACAAGGUCGAGCUCGGAGACGAUGACGACCAGCGAGGAGGAAGAGACUCUUCGGGCAUUCACGAAGUCACGACGUGCGGUACGACGCAGGACGAGCGCGAGCCGUGGCUCAAGGGGAGCUGACGGGCUGAGAGACGACGAGGCUCCCCCGAUGAGGCCUUUGCUGAGGAGGCGGAGUACGAGGUUUAGCUGGUCGGAGCAGGACGGCGGCGAUGUCGGUGGGUCAUCGACUUCGCUGUUUGGUCGGAGGGGGUCAGUGAACACCAGGAUGUCAGACUGGAGGAGGAUAAGCUUACUCAUCAAACAAGAGGAAGAAUUGAAAGAAAUUCAAAAGAAGAAAGAGGCUAGAAAGAAGUUCAUUCAUGCAGCCAAACUCGUCAUUGUACUUUACCGGGUCUACAAGGUCAUUUUCAAAACUAAAAAGGAUAGUGAACGCAUUGAGCCACAUACGUUCACCAGCCUCGCGGAGGAAUACCAAUCUGACAACAUGAAGAUGUCCGGCCUUUCAUUUGACCGGAACUACUUCAAAGUCAAGAAAGAGGUUGGCAUCACACAAGAAGUCAAGCACAUUUUGAGCUCACCGAGUUACGUCAGAACAAAAGAUCAAUUAGGAGUGGCUUUGAUUGGAUUACAGACGAUGAAAUCAUUUGCCGAGUAUCCGCUUCAUAUGCAAGAAAAACUAGUCAAAGUUGCAUGGUAUGAAUUCAUUCCUCCUACACGGGUCAUCAUUAGACAGGGCCAUUAUGCAGAAAACUUUUAUUUCGUCAUUUGUGGUUCAGUUGUGGUAACCAUAUUAUCCAAUAACCCUGAUACGGGUGAAUCGAGUAUACGAACCGUAGCCGUGCUUCGUCGAGGGAGUAGCUUCGGUGAGAUCGCAAUCCUACACCACGGUAGACGUACGGCGACCGUGUCGAGUCAAGGACCGGUCCAUCUUCUAGCCAUCACACGAGAAGACUUCUUCGAUAUCUUCAUGAGAGGACAAGAGCCCGGACAGGAACCAGAACAUGUAAAGUUUUUAAGACAAAUCAACUUCAUGAAGUACUGGCCCAUCGAAAUUCUUAAACAGCAUCCGGAAAUGUGCCUUUUUCAUUUUUACAAACGUGGUCAGGUGAUAGUGAAUGACAGUGAAAAGUCGGAAUGGAUCUAUGUUGUAAAAUCGGGCACAUGUCAAGUCUUGAUGCAACUAAAGGCUGUCAAACCGAACCUACAUACAGGCAGAGAUUCAUUUGAAGAUGAAAGGCCAUCACGUCUACAAUCAACAGCUACCACUGAUAUUGAAGUGAAUUCUCGUUUAAGGAGUAAGACGCUGUCACUACCAGACAUCGAGCCACUCAAAGUCUCGUCUCCGAAGAGGGUCAUGCUUGGCCAACACACCAAAGCGGUAACACUACAGCACAUGGAUAUCCGAAGUCUUUCAGACACGCCUACUUUCCUCACUCGAUCAAAGACUCUUUCAGAGAGUGAAGAGGAUGAAAUGGACAACCUACCAAGUCACACAAUCACUCACAUGACAAACCAUGUGACUAAUCACAUGACUGCUUCCUUGCCAAACAUCGACAUGAGGAAAGGGGCCACGCCCUCUCAGCAGUCGUUUUCCCCGAGUACAUUUCGGGAUUUCUCGUCAUUGUCAUCAGGAAAAUCAAAACGAUCUGGCAGCAAGCGGGAAAAGAAAAGAAAAUCGGUAUCUCCUCCCAGCUUACCAAGUAUCAAUGUUUCAGCCGAUCCUAUUCGUAGGCGUAGAGCAUCCAUUCCUACCGAUAGGAAGGGAAUAUCUGUUUUCAUCCAGGUUGAGCUCCUACAUCCUAAGGAUUGCUUUGGUUUGUCAUCACUUGACUUUGAUUUUGGUUUUGAUUACAAGCAAUCGUCAGUCAGUCUGGUGAGUAGAGGGGCUGAAUGCAUCAUGGUCAAGAAAGAUUUCUUUAUGAAGCACGCCCCCAACGCUGUAAAACGGAACGUCCGAUCUCUGGUGUAUCCAUACCCGACGGCUGAGAAACUUCAAGAAAAUCUUCAAAGUCACACGAACUGGUCGACUUACAAAACAGAGACUCUGUCAGGAAUACUCAAUGAUCAAUCAAAAAUGAAAGACUUGAAGGCAUGAUGAUCAGUCAUUAAAAACAUGAAUUAUCGAUACAGGGUCAUAGUGUAUACAGUUUGAAGGACUGGUGCAAAAUUGGAACAUAGGUACACAUCUUUUAUUUUUUUCUUAUCAGAAGUAAUUUAUAACAUUUAGAGAUCUCCUGUCCCGAUUAUUAGAUCUAAUAUUUAAAAUAACUGACAAGGUUUCUCAACAACGUGUAGAAAAUGAGAAAAAUAUAAGAUGAUGGAAGCGUACUUCCAACCUCCAUUUAGGUCUUUUCUGAAAUAUUAUAUCAGAUCGAGGAACAAAUGAAGAUUCAAGUUCAAAUCUGGGGGGGGGGGUAACGUUUUUAUUGUAUUCAACUUAAAAUAAAUAGAUGUUUGAGCCAAUAAGAAUUUUAUAAUUCAUUAUUCCAUGCCCUCAAAGGUGGUGGCAGGGGGGACUCUUUUCAAGCAUUGAACAGAAAAUUAAAUAAAAAAGUGGUGGAAAGGGAAAAGAGGGAAAAGGGAAGAAAAAAAGGGUGCACAAAGGAGAGGUUUUGGUGGUGUAACUCUGAAGGAUCCCUGUAAUUCAAUUGUGGGAUAAAAAUGAAGUCAUCUUGACUUUCAAUCGUCUUGCCCCCCCCCCCCCUUCUGGUGCCUCACCUGUAUGGUCUUAUGAUCGAAUGAUGCGAAAGAUAUAGGCCUAACGCUUUUUUUAUAUCAUUAUUUAUGUCUAUUCUUAAGUAUCAGAAGUGAUGGAAGUGAUUUUAAUCAUCACUACCGGAAUUCACCGUUAGUGGCUUUCAAUAUAUUACCAAUUUUUAAAUUGAUUCUGCUUAAAUGAGCUAUGCUUAAAUAACCUGUGUUUGGAACAAAUUUAGCAAAAUCGUGCAGCAUUGGUUAUUUUUAUUCCUGCCGACAAAGUAGUCAAAAUAAUAUCCAAAGCAUCAAAACUCAAAUGACUCGAAGUUAUACAAGGAAUUGCAAGCUUGAAAUUGUUAAUAUUUUAAACACUAUUUAAUAAUAUGUCACUACAGAUGAUAUACAUUGAAUAAGUUAACAAGUUUGCUGGUAUAAAUACAAAUUAUCUUCAUUUAUAUACUCUUUCAAAAAAAAGUGCGAAUUUGAACUCUCUCGAAAAAGGGAUUCGAAAAAGAUUCUUUACGUAUAAAAAGAACUUGAAAAGUCUCAAAGUGGCUGUUUAUGGUAAAUUAGAACCCUUUAGGGAACAUGUAAAGGUUUUAAAUACGGGACUAGUAUAUAGAACCCUUUAAGAACCUUUUUUCUAAGAGUGUACAGUGUAAGAUACAGUACAAUAAUGGAAUAGCACCAUUAAUUAAAAGAGAGCAUCAAAAUAUUCACUCUCAGUUUGAGACAGCACUUUUACUUCGAAACAAUAAACACAACAUUAUCACAAAAUUUUAAAUUAAGAUUAAUAUAUCUCGACCAAUAAAGCUCAGUGUAUUGAAACAUAAUCAGAUGAAAUUGAAAGCAAAUCGAAGAUGUUUUUCGUCUAAUGAUCAUGAAGAGAUAUAUUAUCAACCUGAAUGCUUAUCAUAUCGAAUUUAUAAAAUGACAAAAUAUGGUAAUUGAACAUAUUUUCUGCGAAAUUAAAUUUGUGAAAAUGCAACUCGAGAGAAAGUAUAAAUUAGACACAAAAGAGGUCAGUGCAAUAGAACUGGCUAUCUCAUCGUGAAAUCUGUGUCUUAUAUGUAUAUUUUGAAGACUUAUUUGAGAAAAUUCGAGUGCCUGUAUAUUUUCCGUCCUUUAUAAUCUCAGAAACUUUUUAUAUUUUUUCUUAGCCAAUAUGUGAUGUAGAUGAACCUGUUAGGUUGUGCAAUAUUGUGGUAUAUAUUUGGUUUAUCUGUUAAUUAUGUGUGUGUUUUUUCAACUGAAUAAAUGAGUUAAAAUAUGUCCCGAA